CUUCAGUCAGGCGGUGCCGCUGCUGUUGCAGCGGGGCCGGGCGCGCGCCCGGCUGACGGAGAACCGGGCAUAGCUGGGCGGCGGGCGCCGCGGGCCGGGGCACACCAGUUCUGUUGAUCUUGAACACAGUGAGACUUGAGUUUGAGAAGAGGAAACAACACCCUCUUUGGAUGAAGGCUAGCAAUCUCAGCCCUCAGGGUCCAUAGCAGGACCAGAAUCCAGCUGAGAAUUAUGAAGAGCUCAUGCCAAAGAGAGACCCCAAGUGAUAUCUCCCAAAGUCUUGGUUGGGAUGGUUUUGAACAGAACAGAGACAGCCAGAGCUGGCAGGGCAGAGGGGUUCCUGAAAGGGAUGGAAGGAAGAGAAUUAUAGUCCAAUAAAUAAUAUAAGACAAAAAUAAUAGAUGUGAGCGUGCUUAAAAAACGAAAACCUCGACUAUGCCUAAAGUAGUGUCUCGGUCGGUUGUCUGCUCCGAUACCCGGGAUCGCGAGGAAUAUGAUGAUGGUGAGAAGCCCCUCCACGUCUACUACUGUUUGUGUGGCCAGAUGGUCCUGGUGCUGGAUUGUCAGUUAGAGAAGUUGCCCAUGAGGCCUCGCGACCGAUCCCGUGUGAUUGAUGCUGCUAAACAUGCUCACAAAUUUUGUAAUACAGAAGAUGAGGAGACUGUGUAUCUUCGGAGGCCUGAAGGCAUUGAACGACAAUACAGGAAGAAGUGUGCCAAGUGUGGACUACCGCUCUUCUACCAGUCCCAGCCGAAGAAUGCCCCUGUGACCUUCAUCGUGGAUGGAGCAGUAGUGAAAUUUGGUCAGGGUUUUGGGAAAACAAAUAUAUAUACUCAGAAACAAGAGCCUCCAAAGAAGGUGAUGAUGACCAAACGGACCAAAGACAUGGGCAAGUUCAGCUCUGUCACCGUGUCUACCAUUGAUGAAGAAGAAGAGGAGAUUGAGGCUAGGGAAGUUGCUGACUCCUAUGCACAGAAUGCCAAAGUGAUUGAAAAACAGCUGGAACGCAAAGGCAUGAGCAAGAGGCGACUGCAAGAGCUGGCUGAACUAGAAGCCAAGAAAGCUAAAAUGAAGGGGACCUUGAUUGACAACCAGUUCAAAUGACCAAAGCUUUUCUCUGAGCCCAGAUGGAGGCAAGCAUUUAGAUCAAGAAGAAAAAUAACUUCUUGAUUAUAUGGACUGGUUUCUGUUUAUUCCCAGGAGAAGGCAUUACUUUAUUUCCCAUUGACUUUCUUGUAUUCAGUGAGGUCUUUGAGUCCAUUUGACCUGCUUUCUAAGAGGUGGAUGUUUCUAAGUCUUUAUGUAGGUUUUCUGUACUAAUUUUUGUCCAUUUGAUGUAAACUUCUUCAGCUGUGUAAGAACUUUCUGAAUAGAUCAGUGCUUGAGUGUCUCUAUUUUAUAAAAUGACUUUUUAUUCCCUUUCCAGCUAAUAGAAUAUUGAAAGACUUUUGGAAAAAAUAUUAUGUUGUGUCAUAGAGAAAAGUAGCAUGGAUUAUAUUUAAAAUUACAACAAGUCAUAUCCUUUUAAGUAACUCUGUCUCUGGUCUUAGAAUGGUUCUUAGGAAUGGCCAUGAUUUGAAUCUUUGUACUGUCAGCAGAGUUCCAUUGAAAGCCAAAAUCUGCAUAAAGCUCUCUUUACUUCAAAUAUUGGAGCUGUAGGUGAGCCAUACUAUAUUAGACUUUAUACUUAAAGAAGGAGAUGCCACAGGGCUGGGGAUACUGCUCAGUCAUAGAGUGCAUGCUAGGCAUGUGUGAGGUCCUGGGUUCCAUCCUUGGCACCACAUAUGCAUGUGCAUGCUCGCACUCGUGUGCUCACAUACCCCAAAAGGAAAAGCCAGAUUGUAGUGAGGGAGUUGGUUAGCUCAAAUUUGAGUUAAAAUAGGGUCUUAAUAAGUAACCCAAGGGAGAUACCAUCUAGUGAGACAGCUAGGAGUACUGCUUCUCUGUGUGGUACAUGAGAUAAACAAAAUUAUCUGCUAGUAUCUUUUAUUUUACAUUUGCUAUUUGCAGAGGAAUGUUGUGUGUAUAAAUAUUAUUUUAUGUCAUGCUGCUUCAGUGAUGUCAAUAUCUGUAUUUAUUUGAAUCCAUAUUUUUAUCUGUUCUCCAUAUUACAAAGUGUGGGGUCAAAAAGCACGUUAACCUCCUCAUUAAUCUACAGUGGAUUGCAGUUAUUAGCAAGCACCCAAGACUUGUUUUUGAGGUGCUGCUGGGAAAUGGUAGUACAGUUUUCUUUGUGCCCUUUCUGAUUUCUUUAUUGCAUGGAAAAGUAGGUUAGAACCAGGUAGAUGUAUUCUAGCCUGAGCUGGACAAAAGGGGGGAUGGAGUUCCUGGGAAGGCUUCAAAUGGGGCAUGUUAUCAUCUUCCAAGUUAUUCUCCUACAUCCAGUGAGGCUUUCGCAACUGAAUCUUCUUCUCCACCUCAUCUCUUAUCCUUAUUCUGAGAAAGAAGUAACCAUCAUGUGGGUGAACAACUCUGACCACCUCACAGUUUCUCAACCUCAACUCCUGACAAUGACCUCUACCUUUACUUCACUGUAGCCAUAAACUCCCAUGAUUACAGUCUGGAUAUCAUCUGUACCACCUCUGAAAUCCAAUAUUUUAUUCUUUUACUACAGUCAUACUCAAUUCUUCUAAAGCUGUUUUAUUUUUAGAUUUGAAGGGUGAUUAUUAGUAGUAAAUAAUGAAAAAUAGUACUAGUAAUAGAAAAAGUACUCACCACUCUUUAUUGAGUACUUAGUAUGUGUCAGAUGCCAGGGAAAGUACUUUACAGGUAUUAUCUAAACAACAUGAUAAUUCUUUAAGAUGUUACUGUACCCAUUCUAAAAAUUAGUAUUCUGACACUCAGAGAGUUUAAGUUUCCCAAAAUCCUGUAUGUGGUAAAGACAAAAGUUUGAUUUAAAAACUAAAACAUGAAAACUGCUUCUCCUGUAUAAUUUUUAGAAUAUAUAUUAUUAAUAUCAGAACGCAUUUUCAUUUCAAGAAACCAAAAAAGUGCAUUAACUCCCUAUAACAAAUCUGUGGUUACAUUUCUACAUAUUUUCUGAAAUAUUUGUCUUUAGACUAGUUCUAAACCAUUUCAAUAUCUGGUUCAUGUUGUAUGUUUUGCUUCAUCUAUAUGAUUAAAAAAUGUUAUGUCAUUAGCACCAAGCAACAUAUGCUCUUUAUUAUGUUUUAUUCUUUUAUGUUGAAAUAAUUGUUUAAAAAUUAGCAUAGUUCCUCUAUUCUAUUAACUCAUAUUAUUUUAUAGCAGAUGGUGUUUUAAUAUUAGUAUAAGAGGUAAAGAGCCAUAUUGAAAUUUUGGAGAGAACCACCUCCCCCCUUUUUUGCAAAAUAUUCACUAUGAAAAAAUACUAAAUGUUUGUGAAAUUAAAAAAAAAAAAACCUCCAGAAGUGAAAAUGAUUGCAUCUUUUAUAAGCUUUUGGUUGUAACUUGAAUUAAUGUGCUCUGUGCUCUGUUUUGCAUAUGAGAAAGAGGACUGGACUAGUAAGGCCAGUUUUUAGGUCCUGACUUCUCUCCGCAGCUGUGACCUUGAGGGAGCUCUUCUACCCCAGUGUACCUGGCUGCCAGGUGUUAACUCAAGAAUCUCCAUCCUCAUUGCCCUGCCCUGCAGUAAGAGAACCAAUGCGUCAAGAGACAUGGAAGACAUCUGCAGGAUGUGUUAUGGUGCUCACACAUACACUUCCUCCCCAGUGAGGAUUACUACCCAAGGAGUCUCUGGGCAGGGUGUAUCUGCCCACCGAGGCCAGAGGAAGGCAGGCAAGCAGCCAGAGGCAUUGCAGGCUUGAUACCUCUUGGUCUCCCAUGGGUUGGAAACAUGGAGAAAUUUGACCCUUGGCAUAUACCAGCAGCAGACAUCGAUAAGCCCUGGAGGAGUGUGAUGCUGUAAACACACUGAGGGCAAAUGAUGGCUGCUCUUCCCAGGCUUGAGGAGGGUGGGCACCACCUUGAGUUUGGCACCUCCAGAAGCCCUCCCCUGGAUGGGGCAGGUGUCAAGGAGAGAGGACCAGUGUUUUUUUCAGAAUUGUGCCAUAUUUUGUUCUGUAAUUUCUUUGAUUUAAAAGAUGAAAAGUGACUUGCUGAAGUAUCCACCACCUUGGAUUCUUUGACUCCCUGUUCAUAGUCCAGGGAGGGUAGAGCUGUAUCCUGCUCCUCUUCCUGCUUGACAGCUCUCAGGAAGUGGCUAGCCACAGUUGUUUUAACCAGAUAGCUUCUGGGUGGCCUCAUGCAGGGCAGGGGUGAAGUAGGGGUAUAACAUUGAUUAACUUAACUGGAGUCAGUUAAGCUGUGAUCCUGCAGUGGUUCCCAUGCAGCAGCCCCCUGUGCCACAUUAAAGUAAUAUAAACCUGAGUUCAUUUAUGUUGGGGUUUUGCUUGCCAUUAAUUUAUAAGUCUCUUUUAGCAGUUUAAGAGGUCUAAAAAAGAAGAGUUUAUUCCUAAUUCUGUGUUUAUGUAGUGUAUUUUAAACAGUAUAAAAAACUUCUACUUAACACUGGGGCUUCUUUCAUUUUUCUCUUUGCAAUCUUAAGAAACACUUGCUGUAAGUAAGUCUCGAUUGGCUACUACUAAAAGUUGAGAUGGACUGAGGUGAUUCUGUCUAUAUUCCCCCAAUCUCUUUGUAGGAACUCUCCUUCACCCAAACUCUUAAGUAGUGUGGGAGGUCUGGUGCUACAGUAGGACCCCAGCCCUCCAGCCAUGGGUACCUGGCUUGAGCUGAGCCCUUCGAUUACUUUCCCUGGAGAAGGCUAGGAGAGGAGCCACUCAGUCAGCCUCUCUGGGGGCUUACACGACACUGGGGAGUUUAAAGUUGGGGGCUGCCUUACUUCCCACUACGUAGACUGGCUCAUCUGUGAGUGAGGAGACUGAUACGGAUAAGCAGAGGGGAGCUGAGGAGGGCUGCCUGUCUCUUGGCUUUGGAGUUCAUGUGCAACCUGAGGAGGACCAAGGAAUUUCCUGUACAGGGGGACCUCAACUCAGAGUGAGUGGGGUUCUCGACAGACAUCAGAGAAAUUAGUUUAAGGACAAGUUAGAGGCAUAUAGGUUUAAGAAAGCAAGGAAUACAUGUUCAAGGGAGAACAUGGGCUAUCUCAGGAGUGAGAGACACUUUAGAGUUCUUGGGCUCUUUUAAAGGAAACUUGAUGAGUGGACAUGGAAGGUAUAGAAGGUUGACAUAAGUUUAUGGAGGUCUGGUCAUUCUCAGGAUCUUUAGGCCUAGGUGGUCUCCAUUAUUUGAUCAGUAGAUAAUAUUGGGAAGUACCCUGUAUUACAGGUUUCUUAAAAUAGUGCAUCUCUCUUUGCUUAAUUAUUAUGUGGGCUGAUUAAGAGUGCACAAGUUAACUUUUUUAAGUGGGUGAAUUUAUGUUAAUUCUUAAGAUUUACAGAUUUCCCAAAAAUUUGGUAGUGAUAGGCCUGAGAGAGAGAACUGGGUUGGGAAGUGAGGGUAUGAGGAGCUUUAGAACAAAGCUUUUAAAUUAGCUUAUAUUUUCUUAUUCUUCCUUUUGUCUCUACCUUUUAUUUAUUUUUUUCCAUCCUACUUCAGAUGGGCUUGACUAGCUGUGUUCCUGCUCCAGUUUUCUAAGUCAGUCUAGAAUCUUUAGGACACACGGGAUGAGCUUCCACUUAGGCUCAUUUGAGUGAGUUGGGUUUCUCCACUGUUGUGCAGCAGAGGAGUACUGGCUGUUAAUGCAGUAGUCCCCCUUGACCUCAGGGGAUAUGUUCUAAGCUCCCCAGUGAGUGCCUAAAACAUGGAUAGUUCAAACCCUAUAUAUACUAUGUUUUUUCCUAGACAUGCAUGUCUCUGAUGAAGUUUAAUUUAUAAAUUAGGCACAAAGAUAACAAUAAUAAGCAACAAAAAAUAGGACAAUUGCUGUAUUAUAAUAAAUAGAACAAUUAUAAUAGAAAGUACAAGAAAGAUUAAUUGAACACAAGCACUGCAAUACCAUUAGAUCUCAUAAUUGAGAUGACUGCUAUAUUGUCUAACAGGUCAGUAGCAUAUACAGUAUGGAUACAGUGGACCCAGAGAUGAUUCACUUCUUGGACAGAAUGGAGUAGGACAGGUUGUAUCAUGUUGCUCAGAAUGGCAUGCAAUUUAAAACUGAUGAAUAGUUUACUUCUGGAAUUUUCCAUUUAAUGUUUUAGUCAUUUGAAAACUUGGAAAGUGAAACUGCAGAUAAGGAGAUAAUGUCUUACCUGUUUGGAUGACGAUAGCAAAAGUCUCCAGAAUCUGUCUACCAUGAAAGCCUCAUUGUUGAACCCCUUAGGAAUGGGGGCAUGGGGUGCUGUCCUAAGGAGGCAUGAGUAGCUGUGAUCAUCCUACUCCUGAAGGAGAAGGAGGAGAGGCAGAACUUGAGAUGGAGGCCUCCUGGUGGAGGUAGGGUCCAGCUUCCUGUGGCCUCUGGGUGGAGGGAGGUAAAAGCAGCCACCAGGACAGGCCUUCCCAGGCUUGGGUUUGGGUGGAAGAAGAAAAGAGAAUAGAAAGACCUGCCUCAGGCAAAGAACAGGGCACACCUAGCCUGUUACUGGAGUUCAGAGCCCCACCCAGACACAGAGGAGCCCAGGCCAGGUGGGUUUACAUUGUGUAGACUUCUAGCUGUAUCUUCUAGGACAAGCUUGAGUAAGUGCCCUGGGUUGGUGGGGGGCAUCUGGAUGUGUGAUACUUUCCUUCAGGGGUUGGUGUGGACCCUCACUCAGAUAAGUUGACCCACAGGUCACAGGUAAGCCAUUGUCCUUGUCACUUUGGCUCACAGUUUUCAGAAACCAUGUGUUCUCAUUGAUGUGGGAGUUGGUAGAUAAUGAUGGUUUCCUCAAUCCAUUUAUACACCUAUUUGUAAAUUUCUGUGGCACUAAUGGAAGGUCUUCCCUGCCAACAUAGAGGUGAACUUUCAGUUAAUUGUGGGAGGGUUUCAAGUGGCUGAGUUGACAGUGGAGCAAGAAAUGAGACUUGUUAAAGCCAUUGACAGUCAUAGGAGAGAGAACAGCACUGACACUGUGGACAUUGUCUCCAGGACUCCAUAGGCAGCCCUGAUGACUCCAUAGGCAGUCACCAUUCAACACAGGGUUCUCAUUGUCUUUGUUGUACUGGGAAACUCAUCAAAUGACAAGUGUCGCUUCGUGCAUGGGAGUGAGAGGGGAAUGUCUGAGAACACUAGAUUGAUUGACCACAAGAAAAGCCUCCAGAACCCCUGGUGCUGGCACAGGAGUAGGGGGUGCCCUGGCUGGAAAGGAGCAAGGGUGGGUUCCCAAGGAGGUUAGGCCACCACCAGUGUGGCCUCAGAUUGUCUGCCAUAUAUGUUUUUGUUACAUUUCUUGUGGCAUAGCUCCUGAUGAAGCUUCCCUGUUCGUCUCUGAGUUCCUAAAUUUUCCAUAAUGGACCUUCAACUGUUUGUGUAAGAAAAUACCAAUUUAUGCAUAAGAAACAGCAUGAGAUAUAGAAGCAAGAAAGUGUAGGUGUUUAAGAAAAAGUGGCUGAAGCAUGAGGUAGGAGGGUUUGUUAUAGCAGAGGUGGCCAAGGGGACCACACACCAACCACAGCUGCUCUUGAUGCCCGGUUAAUGUCACAUCUGCUAUUUUUAACUCAUCUCUCAUCGCCCAGACUGCAAGCACCCAGACCCAGGGCUUGGCGCACGUGCUGCUCGGCACAGGCAUUUUACUGCGCUCUUUUCAGGGUGUCUUAUUUUCAACUACUUCCUAUACCGAUAAUCCCCUGGAGGUUUGUGGCUUGUAGGUAGACCACUAGGGGCCAGGCUUCAAUUCUAACCUGACCUUGAAGGCCUCUUGGAGAAGUUGAGAUUCAGGAAGGACACAAAGAAAGUGAGGCAGCUUCUCCAUUGUCCCAGGAAGAAGAGUUCCAGAGAGGGGAGGUUGGUGUGAAGGCCUUCCAGGUGAGGUCUGACCAGCAGGCAGGCUGGCCUGGGCAGGGUGAAGAUGCUGCUAGAAGGCUCAGGGUCCUUACUGCUGCUGUUGUAGAUAGACUGGGCUGUAGGAGGGACACUGGUCAGAAGCCCAAGGCGGGGGUGCUCGAGUGCUGAGGGGGUUGAAGUCUAUAUCUGUGGGGAGGGUUGAGCUGACAGAAUCGUGAUGGAUUGGGAUGCAGAUGAGAGGAGGAAUCAGAGAAGGCUUGCCCUGAUUUUGUUUUUUGCUCUGAGCAGUGGAAAAGAUGGAGCCACACUGACUGAGAUGGGAAAACGAGAGGGGCUUGGGACCAGGAAAGAAAGGCGAAAUCAUCUGGGCUCGUUCUGCUCUUGUGAAAAUUGUCCUCUGCUCAGUCAUUUAAAGGAUGUCCACUGGCCUAUCUAAUAAUGUCUCUGUUUGGGCUGCUGUACAGUACCUGAGACUAGGUCAUUCAUAAACAACAAAGAUUUAUUUAUUACAGUUCUAGAGGGUAGGAAGUUCAAGAUCACGGUCUGGUGAAUGCGUUCUUGCUGUGUCCUCACAUAUGGAAGACAGAAGGGCAAAAAGGGCCUAGCUAGUUCCCCUCAGCCCUUUUAUACGGCACUAGGCCCAUCCAAGAGGGUGGAGCCUUUCAGACCUAAUGGCCGCCUAAAGGAUUACCUGUUUUAUUUUGGUUUUGUGGUAUUAGGCAUUGAACUUGGGGCUCUGUACCACAGGGGUACACCCCCAGUCUUUUAUUAUUAUUAUUUGUUUUGAGACAGGGUCUCACCAAAUUGCCAAGGCUGGCCUCAGACUGGCAAUCCUCCUGCCUCAGCCUCCUGCCUACCUGGGAUUACAGGCAGGCACCACCUGGAUCACACUUUUCAUACUGACUAUUAAGUUUCAACCCACAAAUUUUGGGGGACCACUCAGGGCAUCAGUUCUAACCUGGGCUGACCAGCAUGGUGACCAGCCCCCUGAAUUAGAGUCUGGGGAUGUGCAUUAGUAUCUGGGCUUAGUCAUUAUUUCAGUUGCCAUGUUCAUUAAAAUAAUGAGGCCUGUUAAUGUCUAUUAAAUUGGGUGAAAACUCGUUACCAUUGUCACUGGUAGAGAACAGUGCUGGAGAAAUGGGAAGCCAGAGGUACAGGGUUGAUCAUCUCCCAGGUAGCACAAGCAGGUGGGGAGCGGGGGCAGGUGUUUGUGUCUGUGGGUGAGAAGGGAUGCAGAUUACUGGCACUUUCUUAUCUUCCUUUGCUUGAUUUUCUAAAGCACUGUCUUUUCUGCUGUUAAGCACUAGCAGCUGCACUGAUGCUCCGCAGCAUGGUGAGUUCUUUGGUCAGAGCUUUCCUCCCUGUAGUCCUCUUCCCCUGUGCAGGUACUGGGAGCAGAAAGUGCCAGAGAGCUGAGCUCUGCCGAGGCACAGAGAAAGCCUCUCCAGCAUAGAGAGCUGCUUAAUAGAUGCAAAGCCUGGAACAUCAGAGCAUCCACCUCACUUUCUUCCCCAGGGAGCUGGGGUCUCCUCACCCAUCCUUCUAACAGAGUUUUGUCCUCAUGGUAUGAUUGGGGAAACUCAGGCACAGGGACGGGACCUUGGAGAAGGUCAUAUGCUUGUUUGUGCUUCACCAGGUGUCAGCUCUCUUCCCCACUGGUGUGACGCCAGUGCCCAGGCUGCUCCACAAGCCAUGGUGCCUCCAAGAAGGGCUUCCGUUCAGCAAUACCCUUUAUGUUUAAUAUUUGUUUUGGAAAACAUGGUCACUAUAAUCUGCAACACGAGCAAGUGCUGAGGACUGUGGAGAAGAGCUCUGCUUAGAGGAGUCAGAGAAGGCUGGAGAGUUGGGUGGAACUCACCCAGACUUGGCUGUGGACAAAAGCCUUCCAGGCUUAUUGAAUCCCAGUAUAAAAGCACCCCCAGUAUAAAGGCACCCCCAGUAUGAAAGCACCCAGGGCUGUCCUCAGGGGAGGAGAGGAAAAGCAGAGGUGAGAACCUCGCCACAGGCUCCUUGAGGGUGUUCUGGGUGUUUCUCUUCAGGGCAUCCAUUAUUCCUUCUGUGCAGAUUUGGAGCCUGAGGUUGAAGAAGUUGACAACUCUUGCAAGGCUGCCUUAGGGGAGGAGGACUCUGAAGUGGCAUGCUUCGCAGAUUGAACUGAAGGUGUAGGUUGCAGAAGGACAGGUGUGAAGAGCUUGCCGUGGAGUCCUAGGAGCCUGUGAGAUCUGGGCCAUAAUACAUGAGGAGCAUGAUGAAGACCUUCCUGUGUCCUCCCCAGCUCUUCUCUCCACUCUUCCUUGUCCUGGGAGCCUCUGGCCAUUGUUCCACUAUUACCUGAUCCUUUGAGGCAGGUGGCAUUGUUUGCCUUUUAUGGUCGGGAGGCAGUUUGAUUUUGCCUCAAAGAUUAAGAACUUCCCUGUGCAGAUGACUGCUGUUUGAAAGGGGAAGAUUAAGAGACCACUGCCUCUGCUGUUCUCUGGCAUUUUAGUGAGGGAGGAGGCAAGGGGUGGGGAGUAGCCAUUGGUUGAAGGAGUCUUCAGAUCUGCUAAAUUAAAAUACAGGCCUUCUAGCUGGGCCUAGUCCUUCCUUCCUCUUCCUCCCAGAGCUCUCCCUUUAGCUUUUAAUAACCCAUGCCCAGCCCACCCGCUUUUAUUCUCAUCUGAUGGCAGCGAUUUUCUCUUGUACUGAACACCCUCCUCCUUGCCUCCUCGGUUGGCCGGACUUAAGGAAGGGUGGGUUUUACUGUCUUCCCACCUGGGCGCACACUCUUCUCUGCACACCCUUCCCUGUCAAGGCUUGCAUUUCCAUUGGAGCUAUCGCAUAGAGGUGUUCAGCCGCUCAUUCAUUCCACUCGUAAGGCAGAGCAGGUUUCUGCCACCACUGACUGUUGCUCUGGAACAGAAGCCAGGCUUUCCUGGUCCUGUGGGUGCCACCUGUCCCUUUCAGAGAAUGAGCUGUGGUGGCAGAUGGGUAUGUGGAGCCUCUCCUGGACCACCACUGCCUUUCCCUGGAGUGAAGACUUUGAGUUCUGGUCACCCUUACCUUGGUUCUCUUCCUCUCUGUGGGCCUUGCCCUAUGCCUCUUGCCCAUCCCUGUCACUGUAGCUGUCUGGAUCUGACCCAUUUCAUCUGUGGCACUGGUGUUUCACUCACCCUAUGCCCACUUCCAGGUUUGUGCCUGUGUUGUGAAGUUUGCACCCAUGUUGUUGUCAACCCUUAUUUGCUGGGCUUCCAAUGGGUCCAAGUCCAGGUGGAGUCCUGGGUAGCCUCAGUUCCCUCUGGCCCUAGGGAAUGGGUGGAAUAGAGGCUGAUCUGGAACACCUCAUGGCAGCAAGUGGCUCAUCUUUUCGGCUUUGGUUGGAUUAGCAGUUCUAGGACCACAACAGUGAAACUUCCCUCUUAGCACUAAGGCCAUCUCAUACCAUGGAGUGUCUGGAACCUCAGGGUCUAGGUCUAGCCUAGGGGAUGCUGCAGGUAGAGAAGCAGUAGAUGUGUUCUGGGUGUCCUGAGCCUGGCCUGAAGUUAAAGAGGGGGUGUGAAAUUUGAUUUCCUCUUUCAAUUCUGAUUCCAAAAUAUAGCUCUUAGAAUCUCCAGAGUGAUAAGUGUCUUUUCUAUGCUAAUGAGAUGGCUGGUGGCUGGGGACUCCUGAACCACCUUCCUGAGGGGUUGCCAGGAACCAGUCAUGUGUUUAGAGGGUUGGAAGUGGCUGAGCUGAAAAACCAGUGCUAAUGAUUUCAUCAGUCAUGCCUAUUCAGUGAAGUUUCUGUGAACACCCAGAAGAUGUGACUUCUGGGAGCUUCCAGCUGGCUGAAUGUAUGGAGGUUCCUGGAACGUGGCAGCCCUUCCCACAGGCCUUGCUCUGUGCAUCUCUUCAUCUGGCUUUCACCUGUACCCUGUGUAAUAGCCUUUAGAAUAAACCAGUAGUAGACCAGUAAACAUGAGUAACUGUUCCUCUGAGUUCUGGAGCUGCUGUAACAAAUUAAUUGAACCUAAAGAGAGUCAGAACUCCCAGGUGAUAGCCAGUGGGUCAGAAGUAUAGGUGACAAUCUGUGCUUGUGAUUGACAUCUGAAGUGGGGGGGGGCAGUCUUAUGGGCCUGAACCCACAGCCUGUGGGAUCUGACACCAUUUUCAGAUGGUGUCAGGAUCAAAUUGGAUUAGAGUAGAGGUCUCCCAGCUAGUGCCGCUGGAGACUGUGCUGUGGAAUUGAUUGGUAUGUGGGAAUACCCCAGGUACCUGGGCUUCACAGACCUGUUCUCGAUUGUGCGAGAAUUGUAGCAGAAACUGAGUUUUUUCCUGGUUCCCGUAGGAGGCAAAUGCUCUUGUCUGGUUGACUUUCUACUAAUGUGAGAUCUUUAUUUCUCUGCGUUCUUCCUAUUUCCUGGCCUCUUGGUGGUCCCUCUAUCACCUGUGUGCUCCUUUAUCCUGAAUCAGCCAUACUUCACCCAGAGAACAAAGCAUCCUUUUCUCCCAGGCUGUGCUCAAGUCUUAAGUGCUGAUUGUCAUGUUUGUUUCAUUAGAGUGGCUAAUUGAGUGCCUGGUAUUGCCAGACAUUUCAGGGUUACUAACUCUAGAUGCUGUAACAAAAACCCCCAAACCUCAGGGUUUGCUAUCCAUUUGAUGACAUGUGUUCUCUUGCUGAAAGAGGUCCCAUGUCUCCAGAGUGGGGAAAGGGGGCAUGAGUUUCAUGAUCAAUUGCUGCUUCAUCCACAAAGGCUUAUUUCUUUCUUAACUUAAGCCCAGUAUGUAUGUGGGGAAAAGGAGGGGAGAGGGCUGUGCUCCAUAGGAUCUCAAGGACCUGAUUUCCUUCCAUCUUGUAACUCUGAGUUACCCUGGGGCCUUGGAAUCAUCUGCCUACUCCACUACAAGCUGGGAAGAGAUCUCAAGAGUGUUUUACCAUCCACAUGUAGGCAGGUGCCUCUUCUGCACUCAGUCACACAGCUUGACAAAACUGGAAGGGGACUAGAGAGAAGGACCUGUCACUGUGCCUGAGAAAGAGGGUGGAGCCAGAGAGGUGAGCCCAGAGGCUGAUGAUUUGUUUAAGCAUCAGGUAUGCAUUAGGCACCCUGGUGCAGGGUUAGGCUUGAGCUAGGCACCCCAGAGGACAUGGGAGAAACACAAGGUUCCCAGAUGGCUCUUCCACUGUCACUCAAGGAAAUGCAGUACCCUGAGGUACAGAUGCUUAGCCCUGUCAGGGGAACCCUUGUCAGUAAGGUCUAUCUACAGUAAAGGCUUCCUGGAGGAAGGAGACAUUUGUCAUCUUAGGUUGUUAUAAUAGUAAUUUUGGGUGCCCAUGAGUGGUGAGACACCUCAUCGAGCAGUGAUAUCAGCUAUCCUGGAUUCCAGCUUUUGAGAGAAAGUUCCUCUUCUUUCCACCUCCUAAAGUAGCUCUCCCUCAGGGGCCGCUGACUCACACUGACUCUUAUACUUUUCAUGGUCCUGUCUGUCCCUGUGUUUGUACUCUGCCUGUGUGUGCACAGUGGGGGCACAGGGAAGGUUCUUGGCUUGUUUGCUGCCACAAGUUCAGCAAAGGGCUGGGCGGGGCAGCAGAGGAGCCCCAGUCAUAUUUGGGCUUUUUGCUUUACAUGGAUUCUGGUAGUUCAUUCUUCACCUCCAGGUGACCUUGAGAAAAAUCACCUGUCUGUACUUGUGCAAUCUCAUCUUUGCAACUUCUUUUGAAGAUUAUUUUCAGAAGAAUGCCAGUGUAUAAGAUGGACCAAAGUGGAGUUCUUAUGGUUCAUCCCCAUCCUCAGUACUAUCUCAGCAGCCCCUGAAAGGCCACUGAAGUCCAGGGGCCUCUCAGACUCCUUCAUGGCCUGAGAUUCCUAAGUUCCUUCCCAAGCCUGGUUCCUUAGACGCUUCUGAGAGUCCUUGCCAACACUAACGAAUCCUACUCCCUGUAUGGAGCCCCACAUCACUCUGACUCACCAGGAUCCCUUGUCAGCAUUGCCUAGGAAAGGGGACCUUGGUGGGAGGGACCUCAGGGUUUGCUAUCCAUUUGAUGACAUGCGUUCUCUUGCUGAAAGGGGUCCCGUAUUUCCAGAGUGGGGAAAGGGGGCAUGAAUUUCAUGAUCAGUUGCUGCUUUCUUGCCCCCAAGAAGAAAUUUCAGCCCCCCAAACAACUCCAACAUUCUCUCUGUGCUCCCUGAGUUAAGCCCCGUUUUUUUCUUCCUCCUAAUGAGCUUUGUCUGAUCUUCAGAUGAAGCUGGGAAGGAAAACAUGGGCUUUGGGAAUACAGGAGUCCUUGGUGAAUUAUCUGAAGUUAAUGAGACCAAGAAGGAAAAUCGAGUUCAGCUGUGCAAAUUAGCUUCACAUUCUGGGUCUUGGUGAUUUCAAUUGCAGAUUCUAAUUAAAUGCCCCCAAAUAACUAUGAAGUGGCUUCUGAAGUAUUUUUGACCUAAAAGUUUCUCUGACCCAUGAUCUAGUGUAAAAUUAGUCUGUAGAUGUUCUACUCGAAGGAUUUCUAUUUCCAGAGACGCCACCACACCUAUAAUAAUGUAAAAAUGUGCAGGGACCCAGCUGGAGGAGGAGAAGGGGAUAAAAGUGGAGCCCCCAAGGACUGGCAAGAUGGUGGGGUACAGAUGAGGCCCUCAGUUAGGUGAUGUGUCUCCGCUGUCCCACUCAAAGUGUCUCCCUGGCUCCUUCAGUCCCAAACUGAGCAGGGCAGUGGGGCAGGUGAUGGAAUGUUGGAGACACACUGGGAAAAGGGUCAAGAGGCAGGAACUCUUCCCUCACACCACAGUCACACCCAGUGGGUCAGCAUAGGGUGCACCCUUCCAUGAUGCACAAGGAUGAGGUACAGGAAGACAGAAAACACAAACCCCAAGAUCACCCCAGACAUGGCCAGUGUCUCAGUGUGGUCUCCCUGGGGCUCCUUCCCUCUGGGUCAUUGCUCUUUAAACAGCUGUGACCAGAGCGCAGGUGGAAUAGUUCAUUAAAGCACACCUGAUACGCAGAGCCCACAUCAGCGUUUGUUCAUGCUGUGUUGUCUUUAUUAUAGUUAGUAGAGGAAUUAAAUGCACUUUUUAUUGAGGUGCAAAACCCACUCAUGCACAGCUCAGUGAAUCUUCAGUGUAGUCACUCAGGGAACCAGACCCCAAACCAAGAAAGAGGGUGUUAUCAGAGCCCCACUAGCCCUUCCCAGUGGAAAGCCCUCUGCUGACUCCUUACUCACGGAUUCCAUGCCUGGGGGCACCCCACACAGGCAGCCCUGCCUAGAGCCAGCUUUGUGUGCUUGGCUUUCCCCAUGACACUGUCUCCAAAGUUCAUCCACGUUGUUCCAUCCUGCUGUUGAUUAGGGUGUGGAUUAUCUCUGGGAUCUUACUAUCAGUUAAGGCUGUCACUGCUCUAAAUGUUCUGCACACAUUUGUUUUGGUGGACAUAAGUGUGCAUUUCUGUUAGCUGUUGCACCCUGAGUGGUGUCUUGGGUCAUGGGAGAGGCAGAUGCACGGCUUGCAGAGAGAUGGCCAGGUUUCCAGAGUGGCCACACUGCUUCUGCUGCACCAGCUACAUCAGGGGCAGUUACCAUCCCACAUCCUUGCCAGCACUUGGCUCUGCCCACUCUUUCCCUUGAAGCUCCUUUAGUGGGUGUUCAGGGGUAGCUCAUGGUUUCAUUUUGCAUUCCCUGAUGACACAUGAGGUUGAAGAACUUCUCAUGUGUUUAUGGGCUUUAUUAGGAUCAUUUUAGCAGCUGUAUAAUAAAUAGCAUAUCUUAUGGUUUCUCCAGAACAUACAUACUGAUAGCUGGUCUUUGUCAUUAGAAGUAAUGCUACAGGUGUCUCUGUUCAGUAGUCCGUUACAUAUUUUGUAUUAUUGGCAAGAAUCUUGUUAUUGCUUACAAAUCUUGUAUCACUUACAAAUAUUGUUAUCACUUAUAAAUUUUGAAGAUUUGUUUUCUGAAAUGCUUAUACAACUUUAAAAUGUGACCUGAGUAUAGGAGAGCCCUGUGCAGUGUCCCCCGGGUCCACUAGCAACAUGUGUUUUCAUUAGAUGAACAGAUAAACCUCCACUAAUUUAGGUGAAGAUAGGUGUAUUUAGCAUUGCUUUCAUUAUUAUAGAGUUUGGUCUCUUUUCCAGAAUAUUUACCAUGUGUAUUCAUCUUUCAUGAGUUCAUACCACUUGCCAUUUGCAUUAUUAGUGAAUUUUUAUUCAUUUAUAACAGCAUUACUGUAAAAUGCAGGUUUUAGUACUAUAGUUGUACAGCUGCACAGUUUGUACUGAAUAUUUUUUUGGCUUGUACACCUUUGUGUGGGGGUGGGGAUGGGCCAGGAUACUGGGGAUCAAACUCAGGACCUUGUAUAUGCUAAGAAAGCCCUCUAUCACUGAGCUUCAUUCCCAGCCCCCGUAAACCUUUUGACUGUACCUGCAUGCCUGGCUGUGAUUAAACCAACAAAACAGUGAAUCUUUCCCUUAGUGAUUUCUACAGUGGCUCCCCUGCCAGGCCAAGGCUCUGUACUGAGGUUGCUGAGGUGCCUAGCUGAGGGCCCCUGGGCAUCCCCAGUGGAAGAGAUAGGGGCCAGAAACAGUCUGCCUGAGGGCUGAGCACACUUUUCUUGUUGUCUUCCCCUUCCCAGAACCUGGGACUUUUCAGGUAGCUCAUGAGCUGGGCCCUGGGUCCUGAGUGGGGCCUGACACUUCCUUCUGGGAACCAGGCAACAGCAGCAGGGGCAGAGGAAGGUUCAGUGGAGUCCUCUUCUCACAUAUUUAUUUGGUUUUCAGCUGCAGCCCUAUGUGACAUGUACAACUAGUCUUAUCUUCAGCGCCAAAAGGCAUAGCCUCUAAGGGUUCUCCUGGGGUCUAGUUUUGUGAGCAGCAAAGCUCGGACUCAGAUUCACAUCUCCGUGUUUUUCCUAAACCCACUCAACUGCUCACUUGGCUCUGAAGGGCAGGCCCAGACUCCCCCAACAGAUUACCCCUUGGCAGCUGGGGGAAGGAGUGGGCACUUUUUAUUUCUUAUUCUUUUAGGUUUGAGCAAGACUUGUGUUUUUGAGCCAAAAGUUAGAUUGGGGUAUAGAGCUCAAACAACAUGGAGUAGCUCUUGGCUCCCCACUUUUCUAGGCUUUGUGUUCUCAGGAGCUUCAGAUUGAUCAGCUCAUCAAGUUUCUGCUUUUCUGU